GAGAAAUCGACAUCGAGCCAUUAUUAUCGGCUCGGGAUUUUUUAGCGGAAGUUUUGCAAGUGGCCGAAAACAAGUUUGAAAUAGCCGGAGCCAUCCAAGCCUUUGAAGUUUGCUACGAAUUAACUUGA